ACAGUUGCCCCCUACGUCCUGUCUGUGCCCACUCGGAGCGCACCCAUAGAAGACGGCCGUAGGGAAAGGACUACUUUUGUGGGAAAAGCGUCGCAGCAGUGGGGAGCGAAAACAUUUUCUAUCUUAAAAUCUGUUGUAACAGCAGGAUGGUGGCAGACGAGGAAAGGACAACCAGUUGUGGGACAGUCUGUCUCAAAUACCUGCUUUUCAUCUUUAACCUGCUUUUCUGGUUGUCUGGGGGUGCAGUGAUAGCUGUGGGAUUGUGGACUCUGGUGGAUAAGAGUGAGUACAUUAGCCUGCUCUCCUCCAGUACAUACUCGUUUGCUGCUUACAUCCUGAUUGCAGCAGGAGCCGUCGUGGUUCUUACUGGAGUCCUAGGCUGCUGCGCUGCCAUUAAGGAGAGCAGAGCACUUCUGAUAGUGUUCUUUGUUCUGCUGCUAUUAAUAUUCCUGCUGGAGAUCACUGCUGGAGUUUUGGCCUAUGUGUAUUAUCAAGAGUGUUUCCCUUUCUGCUACAAGCUGGAUGAGGAGCUGAGAGCUGAUCUUAAAGAGACCAUGGUACAGAAGUACCAGAGGCCUGGUCACGAGCACAUCACCAGAGCCGUGGACAAACUCCAGCAGGAUCUGAAGUGCUGUGGAAGCAACAGCUCAGCAGACUGGCUGCAGGGAACCUGGGCUGACGAGUUGGCCUACGGCCGGCUGGUGCCUGACAGCUGCUGCAAGACCCCUACUGAUCGCUGCGGAGUGAGAGACCACCCAUCCAACAUCUACAAAGUAGAGGGUGGCUGCAUCUCUAAAUUAGAGGAAUUUAUCCUGCAGCACUUGCAGAUAUUAGGUGCAGUGGGCAUCGGAAUUGCAUGCCUUCAGAUUUUGGGAAUGAUCUUCACCUGCUGUCUACAUGGACGUUUAAGGGAGGAACCUUACUGACCCAUGUGUGCUGCACUCGAA